UAGAUGUUAACCCAGCCCCCAAGCCCCAGGAGGUCACAUGAAUUUCACUUUGUUCCAAAUACUCAAAAAAGGAAUUAAGUUCUUGUCAUUACGUGGUGAACAUUUCUAGAACAUAUAUUUUUAUAGGGGGGACCAUUGACUUUGAAAGAGGGAAGAGUUUAUAUUUAACUCCCUAUUUUUCUUAAUUCAAUUGCUUUAGCUUCAAUUGAUAUAAACUAGCUGAACUAUAAUUCAAAUACUAUACCAUGACAACUAUUAUUGCCUCAGGUAUUCCAAGUGGAAUUACUCAAGAACGUGUUGAAAAAUUCUUUUCAUUCUGUGGAGAUAUUUCAUCUAUUAAAGCAGUUUCAAAGACUCCAACUCAAAGUUAUGAAAUUACUUUUGCUUCUCCAAAGGCUCUCGAUACUGCUUUAUUAUUAAAUGAAGCAGAAUUGGAUGGUACUCCAAUUAAGGUUGAAUCUGGUAUCAGUACUACGAGUGCUGCAACUUCUUCCAAAGAUAUCGAUGCCCCACCACAAUAUUCUGUUGGUGAUGGUGUUGCUGCAUCCACAGCUACUGGUGAUCAUAAAGUCCAACAUGAACAUGAUGAUAUCAGUCAAGAAGAGAAACCAAAAUAUGUUAUUGUCACCCAAUUGUUGGCAAACGGUUAUACUUUAAGUGACAAAAUUAUCAAUAAAUCAAUUGAAUUUGAUAAACAAAAGGGUUACUCGAGUCAUUUCAAGAACUUUUUAAGUGGAUUAGAUGAAAAAUAUAUUCAUUCCAAAGAACCUGAAUCAGACUUCAAUAAGAAUUUAGGAAAGGCUCAAGACAAAUUAUCCAAUUUACAAAAUCAAUUCGCUAAAUCUUCAUAUAGUUCUAAAUUAUCAAAAUACUAUGAUCAAGCUGCUCAACAUCCUUAUGGAGUGAAAGUUCAUCAAUUUUAUAAGGAUUUUGCUAAAGAUGUCAAAUCUGUACAUGAAGAAGCAAAGAGAAUUAGUGAAUUACAAAAACUGGAUGGUUCUACUUCAACUAGUUCUGCUCAUGCUGCUACUGAAGCAACUCCUGCUACAAAGGAAUAAUUGCUAUGUUACUCUUAAUUGAAUUUUUUUUAUUUCUAUAAUUAGGACUUUUAUUUUGCAAAUCCAGUGUUAUUGUUUCUUAUACUAUGUUUUAUUACUACUCUAUGUAUCAACGUAAUGUACUCGCUGCAUCUAGUGCAGCAUUUGUCUGGGGUACAAAAUAUAUUUUUUUGCAAUUACUGCGAGAGGACGUUAUUGGAACAAAUCCUUCCAUUUCGAAUUCU